UCUUGUAUUGUAACACCAAUGGCGUUAGCCUUGAUUCGCAAAACUAGCCGGAUGAGGCUAACACACAAAACUAGGUCGACAUUAGAUAAUCUCUUAGAAUAUAAUUGCACAUAUGUAACGUAUGCUCGUUGGGUGUAUGGGCGUUGGUCCCCAACCUCUCAAUCGCCCUUUUUAGGGAGGACGGACGCGUUAAUAAAUAACGACACAUACCGGCAACAAACAAGAGCAAGUUAGCUUUUAGCUACGGGAGUCGAGCAAGUAGACCACAGGCUAGGUGGCAACCAUUUCUGCAGAAACGCCUCAGAUCGCCGGCUGUGAAGCUACUUGUGUCACCCGAUUGCCAUAAUAGGAGGCAACGUGUGAUCAGUGGCCUAUGAGGAAGCCACGCCGCAAAGGCCUGGUGGGCCCAGGAUGUGGCAAAGGUGACAGGAAGUCCAAGGGGACACCGGUCGUGGGUUGUGGCGUUGGUGCCCACCAGCAAUCCCUAUACAGUCGCAAAGCAUCUCCGAGCAAAGAAACGCUCAGCUAUGCCCAGGCGCAGAAGGUUGUGGAAGUGGAGCUGGAUGGUCGGCUUCACCGCAUCUCCAUUUUGGAGCCAUUGGCCAUCAUUACUGAAGACGAAAUGAUGGCGCAGGACAUCAGCGAGUGUAACAGCAAUAAAGAGAACAGUGAGCAGCCAUCACCGCCCGUCAGUGCUACACAAAUCGUCAGUAAACCCGUCACGCACCGAGGCCGCCGGAAAGACUCCAAAUGUCCGUCUUUCAAGUCUCCACCACGUUCGAAAAACCACCUCACCCGCGCUCAACCGCAAACGCCUGAAAAGUUAAAUGCAACGCACAAUCACCUACUACCCCUCCCUGAGCCUUCGUUUCGCCUUGUAGACACGUUUACCCACUUGGAGGCACCCCCUCUGCCCACGGCAUAUUACCGCUACAUCGAAGCUUCGACCGAGGACCAGGAUGCUUUGGCUGAAUACGACAUGGACGAGGAGGACACCGCCUGGUUGGAGAUGGUCAAUGCCGGCCGAAGAGCGGAGGGCUGUGGCGCUCUGUCAGCAGACACUUUCGAGCUGCUGGUGGACCGCCUGGAGGAAGAGGCGUACCGGGAAGCGCGCAUUCGGGUGCCCUCUCAGAACGCCAUUGACGACGACGCCUUCUGCUGCGUGUGCCUGGACGACGAGUGCCUCAACAGCAACGUCAUCCUUUUCUGUGACUCGUGCAACUUGGCCGUGCACCAGGAAUGCUACGGUGUUCCCUACAUCCCUGAGGGUCAGUGGCUGUGCCGCUGCUGCCUUCAGGCCCCUCAGAAACCCGUUGACUGUGUGCUGUGCCCCAAUAGAGGCGGCGCCUUUAAGCAAACCAGCGAUGGCCGCUGGGCGCAUGUUGUUUGCGCUAUCUGGAUCCCCGAAGUCUGUUUUGCCAAUACAGUUUUUUUGGAACCAGUGGAAGGUGUCAACAACAUUCCCCCCGCACGCUGGAAACUUACCUGCUACCUGUGUAAGCAGAAAGGUCGCGGCGCAGCCAUCCAGUGCCACAAGGCCAACUGCUACACCGCCUUUCACGUCACUUGCGCUCAGCGCGCUGGCCUGUUCAUGAAAAUUGACCCAGUGCGAGAGACAAACGUCAACGGGACCACAUUCUCUGUCAAGAAAACUGCUUUCUGUGAGACUCAUUCACCUGCGGGCCAAGACGGCAUCUCGGAUGAGGAUAGCGAAGGAAGCGUGGUGGGUAGCAGAGGGAGGGCCAGUCGGGGGCGGAGUGCUUACACAGAUGGCCCCGCAACACCAAAAAAAGGCCGAAAGUCUGAAAGCGACGGCAAGACGGAUAAAAAGAAAGGGAAGAGGGACACGAGCGCCACAAUACUGAACAAUGCUUCGCCGCAAGUGAUAGUGCCUGAAAUACCCACAAGCAGGUUGAAUGCCAUCUGCAAAGGUAUUUGCUUUCAAAAGAAGAGCCAAUUCAUGCAGAGGCUGCAUAGCUACUGGUUACUGAAGCGUCAAUCCAGAAAUGGUGUGCCACUGGUCCGUCGUUUGCACUCUAAUGUCCAAUCCCAACAGAAUACUGAACAGCCUGAGGUGGUUGAUGAACAAGUAUCAGCAGCCCGAGAAUCUUUGAGAUAUUGGCAGAAGCUUCGACAUGACCUUGAAAAGGCCAGAUUGCUGGUGGAGCUCAUCCGUAAAAGGGAGAAACUCAAACGAGAACAGAUCAAAGUCCAUCAGGCAGCUCUGGAGCUGCAAUUGACCCCAAUGUUGAUAUUGCUCCGCUCAACUAUGGACCAACUGCAGGAGAAGGACACAGCUGAGAUCUUUGCAGAACCAGUUAACAUCAAGGAGGUACCAGACUACAUGGAGUUCAUAAGUCAUCCAAUGGACUUUUCAACAAUGCGCUCCAAGCUCGAAAAUCAUCUCUACCAUUCUGUGGCUGACCUGGAGGUUGACUUCAACCUCAUGCUGUCCAACUGCCUCCUGUACAACAAUAAGGACACCGUCUUUCACCGCGCCGCACUGCGUCUUCGGGACCUUGGGGGAGCCGUGUUGCGCCAUGCCCAACGACAAGCUACCAACACGGGCCUGGAGCUGGAGACCGGCAUGCACCUACCCCAAUCACCGCAGAAGCGAGAAUUUUACAGCUGCACGUGGGAGGAUGUGGACUGUGUGCUGAACCCAGCCAACCGGCUCCACAUGAGUGUGGACGAGCAGCUGAAGGAGUUACUGGACAAGCUGGACUUCGUCAGCUCCACGCGAUGCAGCAGUGCCCGCACGCGAAGCAUGCGCCUGCUCCGCCGCGAGAUCAACAACAUCCGCUUCCGGCAGGGUCCGCACCGCCACAGCCUUCACAACGGCCGUCUAAAAGAAGACAGCGAUGAAGAGGCGGAGCCAGAGGAUGAAGAUAAGACAAAUGACAUCAAGGCAGAAAAUGGCCUUUCAACGUCAGACAAAGACGACCUCAAGUCCACGUCGCCCCCAACACUGGAACCCACCGGGCCGGCACCUCCUCCACGACUGGGCGACACGCCACUGGAGCCUCCCACAUUGCGGCCAAUCACAAAGGAGCCCUUGCUCUCCAGCUGGCCCAGCAAGCGCCGAAAGCUUGUUGGCAUCCUCACAGACAACGACACGGAACUCAUCGAUUGCACUAAAGCCCAGGAGAUGUCGCCGCCGCCGCCAAGUUUGCACAGCAAGGGGCGGGUAAUGGCCAACGGCCUGACCGACCUCAGCACCCCCACACGGCCACUCGCCGUGGGCGUUGGACGACGGACCUCUGUGUUAUUCAAGAAGGCAAAAAAUGGUGCUAAGCUGUUCAGAGACAAUGCUUUGCCUAAUGGGAAGGGAUCGCAAGACGACAGCACAAGCACCUCACCCUCCGCACCCAACACCCCCUCUACUACGCCUUUAUCCACCCCUACCAAAAGCCCUCAGAAAGCCAUAGGACCCCCGUGCCUUGACGACCCAUGGACCCCCAGUAGAGACAAGAACUCAGAUGAAGAGCUGGACAAAAUGCUGAAUGAAAGCCUUGAAUGUGGACUGACCAAUGGUUUUGACAAGCACCAAGACGGCGAGUGUGAUUCUGAAUACAGUCCCUGUCCAGUCCUGCACAGAGAAGUCGCCUCGCCGCCUAAACGGAGCCUCGGGAAACCUGCACUUUCCAAAGUUCCCUUCUUUGAGAUGGUCAACGGCGAUACCAAUUACACUGGCAAUGGCAGCCAAACAUCUGAAGAUGAAACCGAGCUGGAGCCUCUGGACCUGGUUUGGGCCAAGUGUCGAGGAUACCCGUCCUAUCCUGCCCUGAUCAUUAACCCGGAGAUGCCGAAAGAGGGCCUAUUACUCAAUGGCGUGCCCAUCCCAGUCCCACCCAAAGAAGUCCUCCAGCUGGGGGAGCAGAGGCAGGAGGAGAGCAACCAGAGGCUCUACCUGGUGCUGUUUUUCGACAAUAAGCGAACAUGGCAGUGGCUCACGCGCGACAAGGUGACCCCCUUGGGGACGGACAACACUGCGGACAAGCUGCGUAUCAUGGAGGGCCGCAAGCCCAGUCUCCGCAAGUCGGUGCAGGUGGCGUAUGACCGCGCCAUGAUCCACCAGAGCAGAGUGAGCCACAGCCAAGGUUUUGUCACAUCCAACUUCCUGUAGCGCUCGGUGGCCUCUGCCAACAUGAAGCCCCUCUUCGCCCUCCUCAUUUAGUGGUCUGCUGCGCCCUACUGAGUCUUGUGUCCGCUUGUAUUGUACAAAUCAAUUGUGGCGUGUUUGUGUGCAACAAUGAACUUUUAACAAUAUUUAUUUUAAGUGCAGAGGACCUAUGAAUGGAUCACUGCCAUCUUUUAUACAAUAGCUAGCUUUUUACAUACACUUAAAUCUUUUACGAAAUACACUUGUACAGCUUAAAGGUACACUUAGUGUGCCUUAUGUUUUUAAGAUGGAGACUGGGUCAUUUUGUGUUGCUCUUUUCAAUCAAGCCACGAGAGGAACAUGAGGCUGUUUAUAUUUGUGGAGAAUUCAUUCCUGACUUGCUGGCUGUAUUGUGUGUGCGCGCGUGUGCGUGCGUCAUUGAAUACAAUGAAUGAGCCAAUGUUUUUAAUUAUAAAUUCUCUUCUUUUGAUACAAGAGAAAUAAUUUAUUUAUGGAAGACAACUAUAGAAGUAAAAUUAUAUUGCUAGAACAAGAAUUAUAUUUAAGAAAAUGUAAGGUUUUAAGAAAAACAUUUUAACAGGUAAACUGCUGACGUUGGGCAGAAACUCAACACUUUUCAGGAGACCCUCAAAUCAACAUUGUUCACCCAACAUUGCAUCAUCAAGGAUAGCAAGCCAUUUUCAACACCGUGGACUGAUCAAUAUUUGGUGAACCCACACCUGUGGACUGACCCAUAGAUUUGUAAAAAAUAGAACAAAUUGUGAGGUUUUAACCAGCAAUAUGCACAUUUGGGUUGUUGCUCCCAACAAGUCACACCCAUCCCAACAUAAAUAUUUUUAUGAAUAUGGGAUAUAAAAAUUGACACCUUCAUAAGCUUGUGCAUAUUUUCUCUUCCCACCAAAUACUUUGUUUUAAUCCAUAUUUCAUCUGAGGAAAGAAAUGCGCUAUUAAAAGCUUUUGGAAAAUCUAA